UUGUAUUUGUAUUUUGUAGCAGACGUUUAUAUGUGUUUUGCAAGUGCUUAUGUUUUUGUUGUAAAACAACUAAUAUUAAAAAUUAUUAUGAAAUGUUUGCUAUAACUAUCAUUAGUAUUGACCCCGAUACGGUGUACUUUUUAUUGUUUUUCACCCGUUGUUUAUAACAAGUCACCACAUAUCUGGAUGACGAAGAUGCGCGUCAAUUUGAAGAUGUCACUGGUGUGCCUGUGUCUGGCGGCCGCCUUCGUCACGCUGUCUGUGUGGACGCGGUGUGGUGGUGACUUCAGAUCGUUGGCUCAUCGUCUCAGAGACACUCAGGGUGAUGAUCAGGAUGGCCAAAACGAACAUUCAGGCAAUGAGGGCCAGGGAUUUGAGGAACUCGACUGUAAUAUCAAUGGAGAGUACACUAUAGGUUGUAGAAGAGAGGGCGAGGAAGUGUAUCUGCCAUUUUCGUUUCUUCACAAAUACUUUGAGGUGUACGGGAAGCUGGCAACGUAUGACGGAUAUGAGAGGUUUGAAUGGUCUCACUCCUACUCCAAAGUGUAUUAUCCCAAGUCAAGAUAUGAACCUCGUGGAGUGUUCCUUUACUUUGAGAAUUACAACGUGGAGCUAAGAGAGAGAGUCAAGUGUAUCAGUGCUAUUGAAGGUGUACCUGUGUCAACGCAGUGGGAGAGUCAGGGCUACUUCUACCCCACGCAGAUUGCCCAGUUUGGGCUAUCACACUACAGCAAGAAUCUGACGGAGCCAGAGCCUCGGCGCAAGGUGUUGGAGGACGGUAGUAGUGUGACUCCUGAGUGGGUUAUCGGUGCGGGGGCUAUUGCCGUGCGCAGUGUGGAGCCGCCUCGACAUUCCCACGUCCUAAAGUUCCAGACUUCAGGAGAGAGUGGUAUCAGCUUGACAGUAGAUCACGUGUUGGACUUUGUGUUGAGCGCAGAUGUGCGACUCUCCGUCGAGGACAACUCCUCACUGGCUGUCACGCUUCACAACCGCGAGAAGAAACAGAUCUGGACAGUGCACUACACUUGUUCUAGUCAGCUUCUCACUGCUCAGGACCAAGAUAUAUUCUACGGACUGGGCUGUGAGCACCACAAGGAUUGGCACCAUAUCACCCGUGACCUUUUGGUGGAUCUACAGAAGGGUCUAACUCUCCUUAAUAUCGGCAAGAGGAAAAUAUCCAGAUCAAAAUUCAAGGUUGGCAGCAUCACAGUACACGGGUCGGGCAUGUUGGACAACCUGACACUGUCCUCCAGUGAGCACAUGGCGCAGUUUUACGCUGCUGCGCGGUGGUUUAUCACGCACCAGGAUCCAGUAACAGGAGGCUGGCCUAACCCUGUGCGACGGAGAGGAGUGCAAGGCAUGAUGGAUCUCCUGCCCGGAUGGCUGUCAGCAAUGGGGCAAGGGCACGGGAUCUCGGUGCUAGCCCGAGCGUACUACCACUCGGGAGGCGAGCGACAGUACCUGGACACUGCCCUUAAAGCCCUCAAACCUUUCCGUGUGCUCAGCAAGGAUGGAGGAGUGUUGGCGUUGUACUUGGGUCAGGUGCCGUGGUAUGAAGAGUAUCCAACUGAGCCUGCAUCGUUUGUGCUGAACGGCUUCAUUUACUCACUGAUAGGCCUGUACGACCUGCUGAGCCUGGCACCUGCCUUACAGGCCAGGGAGGCUGCAGCUCUCUUUCACCAGGGGGUGAAGUCUCUCAAGAAACUGCUACUGGCAUUCGACAACGGUUCAGGGACCAACUACGAUCUCAGGCAUCUCACAAUUGGCUGUGCUCCGAACAUUGCCAGGUGGGACUACCACGCCACACAUGUGAAUCAGCUGCUUCUGCUAGCUACCAUAGACAAGGACCCCCUGCUAGCCACCACGGCGGGGCGCUGGGUCGGUUACAUGAUGGGCAAGCGUGCUGCGCACAAUUGAAUCUACUAUAGACUUCGCUCGACUGAAGGGUUACCUGGUAUAACAAGCCAUCCCUCCGCUAUAGUUUACAGUUGAACUUAUAGACCUAGAGCUUUUUUCCUUCCCAAACAACAACAAGAAAUCCCUGUUGUUUCUUCUGUUCCUCCAUUCUUAGAUCAUGAAGAAUUUUGUGAUAAUUAAAUUUUAAUUAUAGGAUAAUCCUAAAAUGUAUAUCAUGUAAGGUUUUAUGUUCAACUCUUUAACAAUUUAAAACACACGUAAGUACAUACAGAAGCAAUGGUUGAUUUCCACUUUUCAGAAAAAAAAUUUCAUUUUUUGAAUUCUACAAAAAUAUUUUCUACGGAUUAUUGUCAAUGAGAAAACCACUUGAUAGUUAAAUGUUAAUUUCGUUGACUGUGAAAGGUAGUGGAAAGAUAGUAUGUAAUUGUGUUAUACUCUGUAUAUUUUAGACUUACUACUGUAUGUAAACUUUUUAUAAUUAUAUUGUGCUAUAAUUCGUAAUAAAUAUUGAAUCAAACGUACUCAAUGCCAUACAUACUACAUAAUGUAUAUUUUCAUAAUUAAUUGUAGAAAAGUUUUAUCGUCCUUCUCAUUUCACAAAAAAUGUUUUCUUGAUAACAUUGUUAAACUAUUAUAAUUAUCAUUUUUACUACUCUCUGUAAAAUUCAAGCUCAAUCCAAAAGCUUUUAGUAAUUUUUAAUAAAAUUUCAAAAUAUAUUUAUGUUAUUUAUAAAACUUCUGGAAAUAAUUUAUUAAUAAUUGUUUAAGUUUUGAGAUUUUCUACGAGUUAUGAAGUAAUUUCUAGUUUAUCUUCAAAUUAUAUAUUGUGCAAUAUUAUUUUAUAUAGUUAUCAAUAGUAGAGGGUAUGCUACAGUUCUUUUUACAAAAAAAUCUUCCUCGUGAAUGACAAUAACUUAACCAAUGAGUGUGCGUGUUUAAUAUGACCACUGUAUAUAGUAGACACAUUUUUGUACAUACAGCGUAGUUAGGUAGUUCUAAGAAAUUUUAUUUUAUCUUCUGUUUUACAUAUAAUUUAUUCAAUUUAAUCAAAAAAUAUCUGUGUUACUAGUCUCUUGUUGGUUAUUGAAUGAAUAUUUUGCACCAUGAUGUAUAUGAGGCACUUGGAGAAUAAACUGCUUUUUAUAAU